GGAGUACUGACUAGGCUUGCUUUGUAAGUGUGAUAUCGAAGACCGAGGAUUUCAAGGUGGUUAUUAGUUUUUCAAAAAAAAAAUGACCACAGCAGCAAGACCUACCUAUGCUCCUGCAAGAGGGGGGUCUGGAAAGGGUGAAGGUGAUUUAUCUGUAUUGUCCAAACAGUACUCUAGUCGUGACUUGCCCUCACAUACCAAAUUAAAGUCAAGACAAACCGGACAGGACACAACUGAGGAAUUACGCUCAAGAGAUUUCAGAAAGGAGUUAGAAGAUCGCGAAAGGUCAGCAUUUAAAGAGAAAAGCAAAGAAAAGGGAUCAAGAUCGCAUGGAGAAAGUUCUUCAAAGAAAUCAAGACUUGAAAUGCUUACCACCUCAAAUCUAGAUAUGGAUGAUCCCGUUGAUGAUGACGAUGAUGAUGAUUCGGAUGACAGUGAUGAUGAAGAUGAUACUGCCGAACUCCUUGCAGAGUUACAAAAAAUAAAAAGAGAAAGAGCAGAGGAACAAUCAAGAAAGGAAGCAGAGAAGAAAGUGGAGGAAGAGAGAAUUAGAACAGAAAAUAUUAUUGCUGGUAACCCAUUAUUAAAUGGACCAGCUGAUCAUAAAGUAAAAAGGAGGUGGGAUGAUGAUGUUGUCUUCAAAAACUGUGCUAAAGAUGAUGAUAAAAUCAAGUCCAAAGGAUUCAUCAAUGAUACCAUUCGAUCUGAUUUUCACAAACGGUUUAUGGAAAAGUAUGUGAAAUAACAACUGGUUUUUGGAUAUAAUUGGACAUUUGAAUCAACUGUGUCAGACUAAAGAAAUGGGGUUUAUUUAUUUAUCAGUUGGAUUUGAUCAAGCAGCAGUGAAGCAAGCACACAUUUCUCCAUUUAAUCAGCAGGUUUUCCAUCUUAUUAUACUUAUGCAGAGAAAUGACUAUGGAUAAUGUUGUAUUCAUAAACUUAUCAUCAACUUGUCAUCAAAGAGUUAUUGACUUUUCAAGUUAAUGUAACAAAAGUUUCCAAGGACUGGAAUUUGUAUAUGGACAAAAGACUGCAAAGUCUCAUUGAAGUUACCUCAAAGUUUA